UGCCUGCCUGCCUGCAAGAUGUCCUGCUCCAGCCUGUGUGCUCCCUGCGGGGUGGCCGCCCCGGCCCCGCUGGCCGACACCUGCAACGAGCCCUGCGUGCGGCAGUGCCCUGACUCCACGGUGCUGAUCCAGCCCCCGGCCACGGUGGUCACCUUCCCCGGGCCCAUCAUGAGCAACUUCCCCCAGUACAGCGCCGUGGGCUCGGCAGGAGCCCCUGGGGUUGGGGGAGGCUACGGUGGCACUUUUGGGGGCUAUGGAGGCUAUGGUGGCUAUGGAGGCUAUGGUGGCUCCUGGGGCUACGGAGGCCUUGGUGGCUAUAGAGGUUAUGGAGGCCUUGGUGGCUACUGGGGCUAUGGAGGCCUUGGGGGCUAUGGAGGCCUUGGGGGCUAUGGAGGCUACGGAGGCUUUGGUGGCUGUGGAGGCUACGGAGGCUUCGGGGGCUACGGCUACGGGGGCUGGCGCCGAGGCUCUCGGUACCUGAGUGGCAGCUGUGGGCCCUGCUGAGCCCCAGCCUGCACCCGGCGCAGAUGAGGACAGCUCCGGAGAUGUCCCCGGCAAGUCCCAGCUGCAGCCCUGGCCGCUGCCACGGCUGUGUCCGGAGCCUGCCUGCCUCCUGCCUGCUUCCAGCUCUGCUCUGCCUUCCCCAUGCUCUGUCCGAGCAUCCCGCAGGAGCUCACCCAUGGCGAGGAUCCCUCCUGGUGCCCGCCCUUGGUGCCCAUGCUUGGUGUCUGACCGCUGCCCGCAGCCGUGAGCCGCCCUCGGCCGUGGCUCUGCUCUACUCUGCUCUUGUUCGCCUGGGACCGCAAUAAAAUCUCUGCUGCAUCACAGCCUUGACCCAUGUGUUU